UCAUAUGAGAGCUGAAAACGCAGGCCUUUCAUUAUCGCUGCAGAGGAGAGUGACCUACAGUGCCUUACAGGAGAGCGUCUUGGCAGGAAGUCAGUCAUUAGUGGGUAGUUGUGGGUACUCAUGGCAUCGUCGGACCACCAAGGAAACAAGGACCCCACAAACGCAGAUGGGACACCGUCCCCUGGCGCAUCUUGCCCCGUCCACAGCCACGCUGCUGAAGAAGCGAAGCGGAACGGCUUGAGGAAAGCGCUGGUCAGACAUCGAGACUAUGUCAAAAUCUCCGUACCCGAAGGAAAAGGCAACCGAUUGCCGUCGGAAUGGUGGAAGACGUUCAUCGCUGUGUUUUAUGCCACUUUGAACCUGGUUUUGACCACGGUUAUGAUCACAGUGGUUCACGCGAGAGAGUACCGCCCAAGAGAGAGCAGCCCACCGCUGCCGGAUAAGUUCUUUGACUAUAUAGACCGCGUACAGUGGGCGUUUACAGUGACUGAGGUCAACGGAAUGGUGCUGGUGUCUAUAUGGUCCAUUCAGUUGCUCUUUCAUAGAUACAAGGCUAUCGUAGCGAGACGAUAUUUCUUCAUUUUGGGCACGUUGUACAUGUAUAGAUGCGUGACCAUGUACGUCACCACUCUACCUGUACCUGGCAUGCACAUGGUCUGUGCACCAAAGCUCCACGGAGAUUCCCAGGCAAAGCUUCAACGUGUCCUGCAGUUGCUCUCUGGUGGUGGAUUAUCAAUCACCGGAUCUCAUCUGCUGUGCGGCGACUUCCUGUACAGCGGCCACACUGUCAUUCUCACGCUCACGUACCUCUUCCUCAAGGAGUAUUCUCCUCGUUCUUUCUGGUGGUACCAUCUUCUGUGCUGGUUAACGGCUGCUGUGGGGGUCGUGUGUAUCCUGGUGGCCCAUGAGCACUACAGUGUGGAUGUGGUGGUGGCGUAUUUCAUCACCACCCGACUGUUCUACUGGUAUCACACUAUGGCUAAUCUGCAGACUUUAAAGUGUUCUCCGAACAACUACCUCACUCACACCUGGUGGAACCCUGUGUUUAACUUCUUCGAGAGGAACGUCCAGACCCAAGUGCCCUGUUCUUUCUGCUGGCCAAUCACAUGGCCGCCCGCCUGUCUGAAGAACCCCUGUAAGAAAUAUUCUAUGGUGCAGAGCAGCCGGGAGGAGUGACGUUAUGAACUCAACGCGACGCCUAGACCAACAUGUGGAAAUGUUUUGUAUUUCGCUUGUGGCUGUAGCAAAGAACAAAGACUGUUCGGCUGUUGUCGCUAAUUACAUCUAUAAUAACAUUGGGCUAAACAGUUCAAACUCGAUAUUAUUUGACAAGUCAUUGUUGAUAUUUUUACAUUAAUUUAUAUUCAGUCAAUGUGACCAUUAAAUAAACACUUUUAUAAGUACUUGAAGGGCCAGCUUAAAGUGUUAAAUGAUGGAUCUUUAGAGAAUCUCUCACUUUCUGUCAGAACAGAUCUAUCAGUCGGUGCAUGUUUCUUAUUUCAUGUCUCUAUUUUAUAUUACAAAUGCAUGCAUUCUUUUUCUAAUGACUCCUGCCAGCUGUUAUUUCAGUUUAAUUUAAGUUU